AUGCAACUCACUCACCUCCUGUUCACCUUGACGACCAUCCUCUUGGUAGCAGCAGCAACACCCCUCCCAGUCGAUGGCACGAUAGCGGUCGCUGGUCCUGUAGCUGCGGCAUUGGCCGUGCGUGAAGCUGCACCAGCGCCAGAGCCCAUACGCAAGGGGCAUUUCGGCAAGGCCGACAGCUCUGACAGUGGUGAGGAUAAGAGGAACGCUAUGCCUGAGCCCAUCGGAAAGGGUCAUUUAGGGAAGGAUGCGGGUGGCGCUGGGGCGAAGAAGAGGGACGCACUGCCAGAGCCGAUUGGGAAGGGACAUCUCGGAAAAGAUGGGAAAGACAGCAGCGAAUGA